AUGGACUCCCCCGCCGUAUCCGCUCCGUUGAAUCCGCACGAACAACCGAUUCUUGACCGGCUGCUGUGCACUCGAGAUGCACUUCUAUUACUCAAACAGGAUAAGUCAUCCUAUAUCAAAUCCCGAGAUGUGCUUCCACUGUACGAAGAAGUGAUUGCGGAAGUGGAAAAACUCAAUGCCGUGCGGAAGGGGGAUCGGCGGCUGCAACACAACCGACUCGAUUACGUCCUGGACGAUUGUUUCCAAUUGAUUUCCUUGCUGUUCCUGACGGUUGGAAGGAACAAUGAAGCGCCCGCAGUCUAUUCUCUUACCACCACUGUGCAGCGAUUGCUCGAUCACCUCGAAGAGGCUGGUUUCUACAGUUCCAAAGACCUCAACUCAAUUACCAAGACCCUCGGAAACAUGCGAGAAACCAUUGAACGUUGCCGCGAUGCGUACUCGCCGGCGCUAUUGACGCUCCUAGAGAGUCGCCUGGAAAGAUGUCAACUGCUACUGGAGAAGUUGCAAGGUGGCCUGGCCGUAUUGAGUUCGGAUCUUGCAUCGACCCACGAGACCCUCGUCUCGAUUCUACGGUCUACGUCGGCCGUUAACACCCGCUCCAAGUUCUCCGCAACGGAAGUCAGUGGACUCCAGAAUCAAUUGAAGAAGAUCGAGGAGACGAUGAAAGAUGGCAAUUUUGUGGGCCCUGAUGGCACCCUGCUCGCCGGCCAGGAGGACCUGAAGAAACUGAAGGAUCGCUGCUGGCGAUGGACGGAAAUCGUUCUUGAACGGGAGGGAAAAAUCGAUGAGCGGUUUCAGGAACAAUACGAGCGUUUGCUUGAGAUCCGCAACCAGUUGGAUCGGCUGUCUGUGACGCAGGCGUGGUCGCUGCGGGAGACGGACCUAUUUGGCUACCAGCGGAAGCUGGAUCGCAUUGACGAGGCCCGUGUGAAUGGCAACUUUGUGGAUGCGGAGGGACAAACAGCAGACAUCCAUGCACAGCGAACACUGUUGUACCUGAUUCGAAGAAGCUACGGGUACAUCUACGCGCUAUUGAUCUCGUCGGAGCCCGUGUCAGAAGCAUUACUGCCCGUGCACAAUCAACUGCAGACCCUGCGGCGGUGUCUGCUUGAGGUCAAAGAGUCGGGUGGCGUGUCCAACUCGCGCGAGCUCUAUCCCUACAGCAUGAAGCUUAACUCGAUCGAUAACAUGCGAGUAGACGGCAAAUUCUACGUCGGCAGCGACAUUCCGGAAGGACAGGGCAGUGUGAACGCACUGCUGGCCGAAUGCUACGACAUUGUAUGGGAACUGCGAGCUGCAGUAGAUGAGGACGAGCGCAGUGGCUCUUAG